UUUUCUUUAGCUUUAUGGCGAAUGCGCAACUUCAACGUGUGAGCGCUAGGUUGUGACGAUCUCUGGUGUUUAGUUUACUCGUCGCUGCCGUCGUGGUGCAGGAAUUGAUUAUUAUUUGAGAUCAAUUUUCUAGACAUAACACUACGACACUGAAAUAACAUUCGGCAAACGACACAAUUUUGAGUGAACUACAAUGAAUUCAAAACAUCUUAGGAAAGGAUCAAGACAACCAUCACCAAUAUCAAAAGGGAAAAUUCGCUUAUACAGCAAUCGAUUUUGCCCUUAUUGUCAACGAAUCGUCCUAGUUUUAGAUGCGAAAAAGAUUCCAUACGAAGUGGUUAACAUAAAUUUAGUUAGUAAACCAGACUGGAUGUACGAUAAGACUCCAAGUGGAAAAAUCCCUGCCUUAGAGUUAGACAAUGGAGAAGUGCUUUACGAGUCUUUAAUUAUUGCUGAUUAUUUAGAUGAAAAAUAUCACGCUCAUCAUUUACAUUCUAAAGAUCCUCUACAGAAGGCGAAAGAUCAACUUUUAUUGAGGCAGUUUACCAAGGUGAUAAAUGCCUUACUCAAGACUGUUUCUGCGGGCAGAGUUGAUAACGAUGAAGCGGACAUUAUUACUGAAGGUCUCACGACAUUUGAAAAAGAAUUAGCUAAUAGACCUGGCCCAUAUUUUAGUGGUAACAAACCAGGAAUGUUGGAUUACAUGAUAUGGCCAUGGUGUGAAAGAUCCGAUGUUUUAAAAAUGUUCGGUAAAGAGUAUAUCUUAAGAAAAGAUAAAUACAAGAGAUUGAUGGAAUGGCGAAAAAUGAUGAUGGAAGAUGAGGCUGUGAAAAAAAGCUGUUGUGAUGUAAAUACUCAUAUUAAAUACUUGCAGUCCUACAGGGCAGGAAUACCUGACUACGAUUUACUUAGUUAAAAAAAAUGAAAUUUGUGAAUAUAUUAUUGUAUUACCUAAUUAUUGUAAGUAAUUAGGUUUUAAUAAGUACAUAAUCCGUAUCAUCAGUGUUGUCGUGUCACCUUUAUAUUUUUUAUAAGCAAUAUAUACAAUUAACAUACGUAAUUUUAGACAGAUUAAUAAAUAUGUUAAUGUUAAAAAUCAAAAAAUUAAAAUUUGAGUACUUACCAUUUAAA